AUGGAUCAUGAUAAUAAAUUUCGUUUUUUACAAUGGUCAACAAUUUUUCGUUAUUUAUUAAUCAUUAAUUUUAUUAUUAAUGAUAUAAAUGCUCAUACAAAAAAAUCUCUAAAUGAUAUUGAUAAUGAAAAAUAUGUAUUUGAUGGACAUUUUAGUAAUAAUAAAAAGUUCGCUAUUGAUGAUUGUAUACCAUUAGCAUUUGGUGAUUUUAAUGCCGAUAAAAUUGUUGAUAUUUUUUGUCGAAAUACAAAAGGUAAUAGUAUUCGAGUUAUGCUUAAUGAUGAUCGAUCACCAACAUCUAAAGUACAAUAUAUAGUGAAUAUAACAGGAAUUAUUUACGAUGCAUUAGCAGCUGAUUAUGAUGGAGAUAGUAAACUUGAUUUAUUUAUACUUUAUAAAACAACAUCCGAUCAAACAGUAUACAAUGGUGGAUUUCUAUGGGGUGAUCGAAUUAAAUUAAGCGAUCUUCAACCAAUAGAUUAUUUAUUUCAAACAAUUCCAACAACUCUUGAUGCUAAUGGUGAUUCAUAUGUUGAAUUAUUGGGUAUGAUUAGUAAUGAUAAAAUUAAUUAUAAACCAGCUUGUUUAACUUUUAAAAAUCGUACUGUAAAUAAUUUUGAAAUAUUAAUUAAUGUUGAUAAUCUUUAUCCAAAUUCGACACAAGCUACAGUUGAUCUCAAUAAUGAUCUUGUUGCAGAUUUAUUUUUAACAAUUAAUCAUAAAAAUAAACCAAAAUUUCGUGUUUAUGAAUUACCAAUAACACAAAUGACAUUAAUUACAGAAUAUGAUCCACCAUCCAAUAUUGCUAUUUAUCAUUUGUCAACAUUUGCUGAUAUAGAUGCUGAUGGUGAAUUAGAACAUAUUCUACCAGUUUGUAUGAAUUUCGAUUGUUCAGAUAGUCGAAUUUAUGUACGAGAUAAUAAUGAAUGGUAUCAAUUACCAAUUCAAUUCGGUAAUGAUUUAAGAUUUCCUUCGAAGAAUGAAUUUCCAUCACCAUUUGAUUAUAUACCUAUCAGUAUUAAAAUCGCUGAUUAUAAUCUUGAUGGUUAUCCAGAUAUGGUAGCUGUUAUGAAGGCAAGUUCAAACGGUAGUACUGUUUCAAUUAUUCUUCAAAAUCGUGCAUGUGGUCCUGAUAAUAAUUUACACUGUACUUAUAAUCGAACAUUUAUACCUCAAGCUGAUGAAAUAUUUGUAUUGGCAGCAACAAAUGCAUCACUUGCAGUAUUUUUUGAUGUUUUAGAAGAUGGUUAUCCAGAUUUACUUGUUUUACAAGGAAAUUCAAAACAAAAUUUUCAAUUAAUUGGUUUUCAAAAUUCACUUGUACAAGAUGUACAUUUUAUUAAAGUGAUGGUUCUUAGCACUUUUUCAUGUGAUACAUGUUCUCAUCAAAAUAAAUUGCCUUAUGGUAAUGAUCAACCGGGUCAAUCGGUUAAAAUGGAAACAAUUACUAUUUUAGAUGGAAUUAAAGAUAAUUGGAUUCAAUUAUCAGCUGUUCAAAUGUCUCAGUCAGGUCAAUUAACACUUGAAUUACCUUAUGUAAUAAUUGGUCUUGGUGCAACACCAAAUUUCGUAGAAAAACUUACCGUUGCAAUUCCACCCAAUAGUCGAUCAAAUCAAUUAGUUCGAACAUAUACUCAAAUGAUACCGAAUUCACAAAUUGUUGUUGUACCAUCACCAUUAAUGAAUCCAGAAAAAUGGCAUAGUAAACUUUUCAUAACACCUAGUCGAAUGAUUUUACAUACGGGUAUUGCAUUAAGUGUAACACUUAUUGUAUUAGCAGGUGUACUUGCUAUAUUACAAUAUCGAGAAAAAGUUGAAGAUGAUCGUGAACGAAAACUGCAAUCACAACGAUUUCAUUAUGAUGCUCUAUGA